GCUCAGCCGCCAGAACCAGAGGUCCAUUCGGGAUGAUGGGGCGUUGUCGGUCAUGUCCCGCAUCCACGGUGUCGGAAUCCGGGGGGAAGUGAUUUAAGUGUGUUCUGCCUUCCACCCCCGAGACAGCUCACCGAUCCAAACCCCUUCACCGUCGUCCCCAUCCCGCACCCACCGGUUGCCCGCCAUGUGGCUCUCAACCACCCUCCUUGCAGCCCUCACCCUCUCGGCCGUCCCGGCUGCCGCCCAGCUCAACCAACUGGCCAAGCAAGCCGGGCUCCUCUACUUCGGCACCGCGACCGACACGCCCUACGAGCGCGAGCGCGCCGCCUACGCCCAGGCCUACCCGCAGUACGACGCCAUCUUCGCGGACCCGGCCGAGUUCGGGCAGACGACGCCGACGAACGGCCAGAAGUGGCUCUUCACGCAGCCCAGCCCGACCGUGUUCAACUUCACCGAGGGCGACGUGGUCGCCGACCUGGCGGCCGCCACGGGCAAGCUGCUGCGGUGCCACGCGCUGGUCUGGCACAGCCAGCUGGCGCCGUGGGUGGAGGCGACGAACUGGACGGCAGCGGCGCUGCGCGAGGCGGUCGAGCGCCACGUGCGUACCGUGGUCGGCUACUACCGCGGGCGCUGCCGCUCGUGGGACGUGGUCAACGAGGCGCUGGACGAGGACGGCUCGUACCGCGCCAGCGUCUUCUACCGCGUGCUCGGCGACGAGUACAUCCGGCUGGCCUUCCGCGCCGCCGCCGAGGCCGACCCGGCCGCCCGGCUGUACUACAACGACUACGGCAUCGAGCGGCCCGCGUCCAACAAGACGGCCGGCGCGCGGCGGCUGGUGCGCAUGCUGAGGGAGGCCGGCGUGCGCAUCGACGGCGUCGGCCUGCAGGCGCAUCUGCACGCCGACAGCCAUCCGACCGCCGCGGAGCUGAUCGAGACGGCGAGGGGGUUUGGGGAGCUGGUGCGCGAGGUGGCGUUCACGGAGCUGGACGUGCGGAUCGAGCUGCCGGUGAACGAGACCAAUCUGGCGUGGCAGAAGGAGGCCUACCAGGACGUGGUGACGGCGUGCGUCAAGGUGGAGCAGUGCGUCGGCAUCACCGUGUGGGACUUCUACGACCCGUUCAGCUGGAUCCCGGCCACGUUCCCGGGCCAGGGCGCGCCGCUGCUGUGGUUCGACAACUUUACCAAGCAUCCGGCGUACGACGGCAUGGUGCAGACGUUCAAGCAGCUGAUUGCCGAGAGAGGGGGGAAACCGUGUAGGCGGCGAGCAAGGGCUUAAGGUGAGAGCGUUGGUUGAAGCUGUCUUGAGAUGGGCGAGCUAGGAACAACUUAGCCACCAGCAGAUUUGUCGGCUCCAUGGCCUGGCUGGGAUGUGUACUUUGUAUAGUUCAGCGCAUGUAUUAAUUAAG